UGACUCAUAGAUCCUCUUUUGUUCACAAGGAGUUGUCUUGGAAGAGAGGAAAGAGCUCUCAAAUGCUCUGUCAAUUCAGGAACGCAAUAGAACAAUGGAAUAUCACCCUGACUUAGAAAAUUUGGAUGAAGAUGGAUAUACUAAAUUAGACUUCAGCUCUCGAAAUGUCCCCAGGAGACCUGUGUUCUCAGAGAAAGGAUAUUGUGGGAUAUCUCACUGGCGUUCCAUUGCUGUGAUUUUGGGAAUCCUAUGCUUGAUAAUACUGGUGAUAGCUGUGGUCCUGGGUGCCACGGGUAUGUGGAGAUCCAAUUCAGGAAGCAACUCAUUGAAGAAUGACAAUUUUCCGUCAAGGAAUAAAGAGAACCACAGUCAAUCCACACAAUCAUCUUUAGAACAGAGUGUGGCUCCUACCAAGGCUCUCAAAACCACAGGAGUUCUUUCCAGCUCUUGUCCCCCUAACUGGGUUAUACAUGAGAACAGCUGUUACCUAUUUAGCACACCACUGGAUACCUGGGAGGAAAGUAAAACACAAUGCUCUCAACAAGGCUCUAGUCUACUGAAGAUAGAUAGCUCAAAUGAAUUGACAUUUAUAAAAAAUCAAAGCUCUUUCAAAAGUGCUGAUUCAUUUUGGAUAGGGCUCUCUCGCCAGCAGAGUAAAGGACCAUGGCUCUGGGAGGACGGCUCAAUGUUCUCUUCUAACUUGUUUCAAAUCAGAAGCACAGCUACCCAGGAAAUCUCACCUCACAAUUGUGUAUGGAUUCACGAUUCAAUAAUUUAUGACCAACUAUGUAGUGUGUACUCAUUCAGUAUUUGUGAGAAGAAGCUGUUGAAAUAACAAUGGGGGUAUUCGUGCGGAGAAGCAGAGAGAAGUGUAUGAGAUGGCAGAAAUAUGAGAGGGCAGAAAUAUGAGAGGGCAGUAUAUGAGAGGGCAGAAAACAAAACAGAAAAGAAAAAUAUCUGAGGUCAAAAUAAAUGCUGAAAAUAUCAAGAAAGCUUAGCCAAUUUUAAUCUUCGCUGAGAAACAAGAUGGAAAAACUGAUUUCUGUACAUAACGCUAAUGGUAGGCCAGUAUCAUGUUCUAAUUAACAGACCAGAAAUGGAGCCAGGGCAGCUGAACUUGAAUUUUUAUUCUACUAUUGACUUGGUAUUUAUCUAGGAUUAGCCACAACUCCUUGGUAUUUCAAGGAGAUUUUAAUUUCUUGUUCUACCAG